AUGGCUCCUUUAUCCCUCCUCCUCGUUGGUAUUCUCCUUGCUGUAGCUCGAGUGGUGGAACCACUAGAUUGUCCAACCUGUCUACCUGCUUCCAUCAAUUGCCCACCUCAAACUUGCGCUAAUGGGCAGGACAGAUGCAUGAGCAUGAAAAUUUACCAGUCCCUCAGUAUAGGAAAAACCUUAACAAGUGACUCCUCAAGGUCCUGUGCAGCGGCUAAUAAGAAUGUGAACGGUAGCUUUAUGUUUGACUUUGGAGAUGGCAUAUUUCUACAGUAUAGCUCCCUGCUUUGCACAGCAUCAUGCGAUGGUGACGCUAAUUUUAACGAUGUUAAUUUGAUACAUUACUGGAAUGGGAAAUAUUGCCCCAAAUGUUAUAGAUCAGGAUACACAAGCUGUGAAGAUAAUGGAACUGUGUCCUGCUUUGGAGACUAUACACAGUGUGCUGAAAUAAGCGGGAAAAUAGAAGAAGGUGGUUUUGAAAUCCCUUUUGCAGCCAAAGGUUGUGCCAAAGGCAACUUGAAAGAACUCAGUUCUAAACUAUCACUGAAAAUUGUGGCAUUUAAUUACAACUAUACAUUGGAUACACUGAGUUAUCGAGUGGCCAGUGGUGCUUUGGCAGUCAUGCGACGUCUCACUUUCAGCCUGAACAGUAAGGACUUGGUUUCCCAAGUGGCCUUCUUCCUUCCAUGCUUCCUGAGUCUUUUUGCAGCGAAGAUCCUCUCUUAAGGAAGACCAAGCUAACUAACUACCAUCUUGAACCACCACUAUAUAAGGCAGACUUCGUUGGAAGCUGAAGAAGUGUCUGUGUUCAUUCUGUGCUCAUACUUUGGUUAAACAAAAUUCUUUGAAUAUGAAUAAAUGAAAACUAUUAAAUAUAAA